CACGAGUGAAGGUAGCCUACUCACUUUAAUUGGAAUACCCGGAUGCGCCCUGUUUUGACUAAACGACCCUUUUAAUUCUGAAGUGUUUGGACUAAGACGCAGUGGACUGUGUUACAUUUUGCCAGUGGCUUUUGGCAGCAUCCAGGAACAAUACCACAGAACAGGAAACUCUGCAAGACCCUUCCAAAGAAAUGGUGGCGAUGACUUCCUGCCACUAGGGGGAGUGACCAGCGCAACAUCCAAUGGGACCUGAGAACGAUUCAACUCUGAUGCACAUGAUGAUCACCACACCUCCCAGCUCCCUUCGUAUCCCAGGGUCCCCUAUGCCAGUGGGUCGCUGCGUUCCCUGCCCAGCCCCUCCACCCUGCUCUCCGUGCCCAUCUCCUCCUCCUCCUCCCGAUGAUGGGGUGAAACUCAGGAGGCCCCCGACGUUGUCGCCGGGGCAGAUGGACACCCUACGCAGACAUAGUUGGCAACCUGGAGCCGUGCUGCUGGCAAAUAUGCCCUGGGAUCAGCGCAGCCUGAGUCUGGAGAACCUGGACCCUGCGGAGAUGGAGAGGCUGUUGUUUGGGGCUCUGGGGGGGCGUGACAUGGGGAGGAGGGACCCCCGCCGGGCCCCCAUCACCCACUACACCCAGGCGGAGUCUCUCCUGUCCCUCACUGAGGAGGAGGCAGGCUCGCAGCCACAGAUCUUCCCCCUAUUGGAGCAGCAGGCGUCUCAGAUGCAGAGUUGCAGUGCUUCGGCCCCUGCCCUCUGUGUGUCUCCCAGCAAGCGGAUGCCUCCUCAAUACCAUGUGUCAGGCUCCACUCUCCGAUCGGCGUUUGGGGGGUCCACACAGAGUGUGGAUGCAGACAGUGAGCUGGGUUCUGUGUUGUGGGGGAGAGAGGGGAGAACGGAGGGCCAAGACGGGCUCAGGGAGGAGAGGGGGGACAAGACCGGGAGCCCCCUGGGCCGAACACUCAGCUUCCUGCGCAAGAUGGCCGGGAAUCGCAAGAACAAAGAGAAGGAGCGCAUGAAGGAGCGUGAGAAGGAGGCGCGCGAGAGGGAGGCGCGCUACAGCAAUGGCCACCUCUUCACCUCCCUCACCGUGUCGGCCACCACGCUCUGCUCCGCCUGCAACAAGAGCAUCACCGCCAAGGAGGCGCUCAGCUGUCCCACCUGCAAUGUCACCAUCCAUAACCGCUGCCGAGACACACUGCCCAACUGUGCCAAAAUGAAACAAAAGCAACAGAAGUUGGCCCUGGUGCGCAACAGCUCAGCCCUCCAGAACGUCGCCAUGCGCUCUAAAACACCCAUGAUGAAGGAGAGGCCCAACUCGGCCAUCUACCCCUCAGACAGCCUGAGGCAGUCGCUGCUGGGAGCGCGGCGGGUCCGCUCCGGACUCUCCGGCCUCUCCAAGAGCGUCUCCACCACUAAUAUUGCAGGGAACUUGAACGAUGACUCCCCUCUGGGUUUGCGGCGGAUCCUGUCUCAGUCCACAGACUCUCUGAACUUCAGGAACAGAGCCAUGUCCAUGGAGUCUUUGAAUGAUGAGGGUGAGACGUACUACGCCUCUGUGCUGGAGGAGUUGGAGAAGGACGGGAAGGACUUUGAGGCCGACUCCUGGAGCAUGGCCGUCGACUCCUCCUACCUGCAGACGCACCGCAAGGACAUCAUCAAGCGGCAAGACGUCAUCUACGAGCUGAUCCAGACGGAGCUGCACCACGUGCGGACGUUGCGGAUCAUGGAGGUGUUCCGGCGCGGCAUGCUGGAGGAGCUGAUGGUGGAGCCGGGCGUGGCGCACGCCAUCUUCCCCUGCCUGGACCGGCUGCUGGAGCUGCACGCGCGCUUCCUGGGCCAGCUGCUCAUGAGGAAGAACCACAGCCUGGCGCCCGGCAGCAGCACCAACUUCACCAUCCACCAGCUGGGCGACGUGCUGGUGGAACAGUUCUCAGGCCAGUAUGCUGAUGAAAUGAGGAAGUGCUACGCAGAGUUCUGCAGCCGCCACCUAAAGGCCGUCAAGCUCUACAAGGAGCUCCUGGCCAGAGACAAGAGGUUCCAGCAGUUCAUACGGCGGGUAAGCAGGGGACCCCUGCUGCGUCGCCAUGGCGUCCAAGAAUGUACCCUGCUGGUCACACAGCGCAUCACCAAGUACCCAGUCCUCAUUCAGCGUAUCCUAGACAACACAAAAGGCAGCGAGGAGGAGGCCGAGUCCAUGGCCCAGGCGCUGACGCUGCUGCGGGAGCUGCUGAGCUCGGUGGACCACCAGGUGCAGGAGCUGGAGCACACGCAGCGGCUGCAGGAGAUCCGCGCCCGGCUGGACCCGCGCUCCGAGGCCGAGGUGCGCGGCGGCGGCGUGUUCCGCGGCGGCGAGCUGCUCCGACGCAGGCUCGUGCACGAGGGGACGUUGCUGUGGAAGACGGCCAACUCGCGCCUCAAAGACGUUCAGGUCCUGUUGAUGACGGACAUCCUGGUGUUCAUGCAAGAAAAAGACCAGAAGUACUUCUUCCCCUGUCUGGAUAAGCCUGCUGUGCUGUCACUGCAAAAUCUGAUCGUGAGGGACAUAGCCAAUCAGGAGCGAGGCAUGUUUCUCAUCAGCGACUCCACGCCGCCAGACAUGUACGAGCUGCACGCUGCCUCCAAAGACGACAGGAAAAACUGGAUGCGUAUCAUCCAGCAGACCGUCAGCUGCUGUCCAUCCAGAGAGGACUUCCCCCUCAUUGAGACGGAGGACAAGGCCUUACUCCGCCGGCUUAGAGCCGACAUCCAGCAGAAGGACCGCGAGGUCCUGGAGCUGCUGCAGGAGCGGGUGACCCUGUUUUCUGACCUGGCCGAGGUCACCAGCAGCCAAGAGGUCACGCUCCCCAACAACAGCAGGAAUCUCUUCAGGGCGGACACGCCCCACGCGCCGCAGGCUGAGAAGAUCCUCACCGAAGCCAUCUCCGAAGUGGAUAGAUUGAGUGAGUUGCUGCUAGGCUCUACCAUUGAGCUCCCUCAUUCAAGCAGUUCCAAUGGUGACCAGAACCACACGGGGGCGCCAGUGAGCAAUGGAGACACAAUUUCAGUCAAUGGCACACAUGAUGUGAACAGCGCACCAUUGAAGCAGCAGGACAGAAAUGGCAACCAACUGCACAACAGGACAACCAAUGAGGAGGUUUGCCAAAGACUGGUCAACUUAAGCACUCAGCUUCAUGCACUACAGGCCGCAGUCGUCCGACAGGACUCCGUCUUGGAGCUCUGCUCUCGCGAAGGCUCCAUGCCCGGCUCCACUCCGACCACGCCGGUGCCCCUGCCCGGUGGCCCGCCGUCGCGGCUCAGCCGCUCCAUGUCUCGCGACACGGGCAUGGACGCGGGCAGCCCCGGGUCCGUGUCGGGCUCCAGCAGCGGCGGUGGAUCGGGCACCGACUUCACCCUGCUCCAGCGGCAGAACAGCCUGCUGCAGGAGGAGGUGUCCAGGCUGCGCUCGACCGAGGCCAGGCUGAAGGACAGCGAGAAGGCCCGCGCCGAGCUGGAGCUGAAGCUGCGCGACUCGCAGGGGGGGAGCGGGGACGCCGCCGCCGUCGUCACGCGACAGCAGGAGACGGAGGCCGCUACGCCACAGCUGGUUCCUGCCCAGAGGAGAGGCAGCAGUGAAGACGCCGCCCCCCUUGCUCCGCUUGCCUCCCAGGAACCUAUUGAUCAGCUAGACGGCGUUCAGGAGGGCAGUGAGGAAGACGAGAACUCCGACGACGAGGAAGAGGAGAUACAGAUCACGUCCCGGUCCGACAGUCCCAGAGAUCUUCAAGAUAUUCCCGAGGAGAGCGAAUGCGGUCUAGAGGCACGGGAAUCAGAAGAAAAUCCUGAGGACUCUCAGAGUUAACGUUUGCCCCAGAGAGCCUCAAAAGCCAUGGAGGAGAUGCAAGGGCUGGACCUAGUCUCAACCGCCAUACGAAAUAUCUAAAGGACUCUGUCAGUGUACCAAUGGCUUUAUGCAUUCUGGAACUAUGUAUGUUAUGUAUCUUUCUAUGAUAUUGAAUAAUUUAGUCAACAUGUGUGUUGGUUUGUAAUUAAUUAACACCUUAUUUCUAGUUGUCUAAAAGCAGAUUGUUGUAUCGUUGUAUUCCAUGACGUUAUCUUUUUCUCCCUUAGUAAAGAAGGGCUAAAUUUUACUUUGGGGAAAAGUUUGGGAAAAAUGGCCCAUCCACCUCUAUCUGAUGUAAAUGUAUACCUUACAUAUCAAAAAGAAAACAUCAUGCCUUUAAGGUCCUCCUUAUGUCCGCAUUUGAGUGUUUUCAUGUGAACAGGCAACACCUCUUCCAGGGUGGGCUUUGACCUGUAAGUGGUGGACAUAACAAGCAUCAUGGAUGCAGGAAUGAAGUGUAAUGCUACAGCGGUCUGUAUUUAAAUGCCGAAGUCAUGUGUGGGCCUCUUCUGGCACCAGCUUCUCUUAACCACAAACACUUGAAAACAAUUCCUGUACUUUUUCAAUGACCAAAAUAUUUCAGUUAUUUUUUAUCUGAAGAGAGGGUCAUCGAAGGGACAAUGACUUUUGGUUUUCACUGAAGGAAAGACUUGCUAAAGACAAACCAAAGUCGAUUGCCAUGUUUUCAACAGCGGAAAAAAAAACAAUGGAGGAAAACUUGAUAUGACCAACUUGACUGAACCCAGUGUGUACAGUAGAACUGAAGCACUGUUAUCAAACCUCUACAUAGUGGAAAAUAGUGUUGAAUCAAUGUAGCAAGUUGGCAUUUUUUUAAACCGUAUUUUUAUCUGUUCAUUUUUGAUGUGAGAAUCUGGUCUCUUCUACUAGAGAAACCAGCCUGCUGUCCUCCGUCUUAAAACCAGACCAAAUUUGUUAGAGGAUAAACAGACUGUCCCUAAUUAAAUGUUCUGUCAAUUGUUGACAUUGUUAUACUGGAAAUUUCUAGCUUAGAAAUUAUACAAAAGUAGUUUAUUUGUGAGUUCCUUCCUAUUACGGCACAAACACACAAAAAAAAUGAGAAACUACAGUAGUGUUUCCCACUCUAUAUUAUAUUAUAUAUACGUCUUUGUCUGUAUAAACAUUUGAAUUGUCAUGGGGGAAAAAAAGAUUUUGUGGACUUUUUAAACUGUGAUGUAAUUUUGUUGUUUUUAUUUUUGUUUUUAUCUGACUUAAAUAACUUUGCUCUUAUGUCUUGUUCAUAAAUAUUGCUUAAAUUA